CACGUGGACACCGCGCUCACUUCCGGCUGAACAUGGCGGCGUGCAUGAUGUGGAGAGCGGUGCAGAGCGGAGCUGAGCGCGCGGGCCGGUUACUGCGCACGAGACAGGUGGUCAAGGUGAGCCCCAGAAGAUGGCUGAACCUUCAGGAGUAUCAGAGCAAGAAGCUGAUGCAGGACAGCGGAGUGACGGUCCAGCGCUUCUUCGUGGCCGACACCGCUGACGAAGCCCUGCAGGCUGCAAAGAGGCUCAAUGCUAAAGAGAUUGUUCUGAAGGCUCAGAUUCUGGCAGGAGGUCGGGGUAAAGGAGUCUUUGACAGCGGCCUGAAAGGAGGUGUGCACUUAACCAAAGACCCUGCAGUGGUGGGCGAUUUGGCUGGCAAGAUGCUCGGCUUCAACCUGACCACCAAGCAGACCCCUAAGGACGGCGUGAAAGUAAAAACGGUGAUGGUGGCGGAGGCUUUGGACAUCUCCAGAGAAACGUACUUUGCUAUCCUGAUGGACCGGGCGUGUAACGGGCCUGUUAUGGUGGGCAGUCCGCAGGGUGGAGUGGACAUAGAGGAGGUAGCAGCCAAAACACCAGAGCUCAUAUUCAAGGAACCCAUAGAUAUUUUCGAAGGUGUUCGAGACGACCAGGCUCGGCGCAUGGCAGCUAAUUUGGGCUUCAAAGGGCCGCUGGAGACUCAGGCUGCAGAUCAGAUUAAGAAGCUCUAUGAUCUGUUCCUGAAAGUCGACGCCACUCAAGUGGAAGUCAAUCCUCUCGGGGAGACUCCCCAAGGACAAGUUGUUUGCUUUGACGCCAAAAUCAACUUUGACGACAACGCAGAGUUCCGCCAGAAAGCCGUCUUCGCCAUGGACGACACGGCCGAGAGUGACCCCACAGAAACAGAGGCGGCCAAAUAUGACCUCAAAUACAUCGGCCUGGACGGCAACAUCGCCUGCUUUGUCAAUGGCGCCGGUCUCGCAAUGGCAACCUGUGACAUCAUCGACCUGCAUGGCGGGAAACCGGCGAACUUCUUGGACCUGGGAGGCGGGGUGAAGGAGAACCAGGUCUAUGCAGCCUUCAAACUGCUGACUGCCGACCCAAAGGUAGAGGCCAUUCUGGUGAACAUCUUUGGCGGUAUUGUGAACUGUGCCAUCAUCGCUAACGGCAUCACGAAAGCCUGCAGAGAGCUGGAGCUCAAGGUGCCCUUGGUCGUCCGGCUGGAAGGUACGAACGUGCAGGAGGCUAAGCGGAUCCUGUCGGAGAGCGGCCUGCCCAUCACUGCUGCCAGCGACCUGGACGACGCAGCCAGGAAAGCAGUAGCCGCUAUCGCUAAGAAAUAAUCAAUGUAAAAAAAAACGAAAUAAA